AUGCUCCUCGCUUCGACGUUUCCAAAAUGUUCCUCCCUCCGACGUUGCCAAAAUGUUCCUCCCAUCGACGCUGCCAAAAUAUUCCUCGCUUCGACGUUGCCAAAAUGGUCCUCGCUUAAACGUUGCCAAAAUGGUCCUCGCUUCGACGUUGCCAAAAUGGUCCUCGCUUCGACGAUGCCAAAAUGUUCCUCGCAUCGACGUUGCCAAAACGGUCCUUGGUUCGACGUUGACAAAAUGGUCCUCGCUUCGACGUUGCCAAAAUGUUCUUCGCAUCGACGUUGCCAAAAUGGUCUUCGCUCCGACGUUGUCAAAAUGUUACUCGCUUCAACGUUGACAAAAUGUUCCUCCCUUCGAGGUUGCCAAAAUGCUCCUCGCUUCGACGUUGCCAAAAUGUUUAUCCCUUCGACGUUGCCAAAAUGGUCCUCGCUUCGACGUUGA